UUCACUUUAGCAUAUUUCCCAGCCACUCGAUAGUUCACACACAUAUACAGAGCAUUCACUAAAUGCAGAUAACCUUACUGUGCAUUCAUUAAACUCACUGUAUCGAUACUCUUCACUUGAAAGAGGAUUCACGUAGACGAGUGGAUUUAUGGGGAAUAAAGGUUAAUUUGGACUCGGGCAACUAUUAGUAGUUACCAGUCAAACAGCUAGAACACUACUGAUAGUGUAGAAUGUGGAAGUUAGAGUGCAAUGACCGUGGGAAAGAGUCGAAGAUAUCUGAUCCCUCUCAUAAUCCGAAGCCUUGGCCACUCCCACCGACGUCGAUUUGCACUCCAACGUCACCAAUCCCUUGUUCAUGUUGCUUUCACAACCCUAUUAUCUUUGGAAGGAACCGUCAUUUGAUGACUGAUAUCCAAGUGAAGAAAGACACCAGCACAGAGACUGCAGUAAUUAGGUCAAGAUGGAAUCCAACAUCUCAGCAAUUGCAGGCACUUGAAGAAAUUUAUAGACGUGGUAUAAGAACACCAUCGGCCGAACAAAUCCAGCAAAUUGCUACAAAACUUCAUCGAUUUGGUAGGAUUGAAGAGAAGAAUGUGUUCUAUUGGUUUCAAAACCACAAAGCAAGAGAAAGGCAGAAAAAACAUCGUCAUCUAGAAUCAUUAUCUAGAGCAAAGAUAUACGGACUUGAGACUCUUGAAGCAAAACGAACAGGAUUCAGCAGAAGAGAUUUGGAAAUCGAACAUGCUAAGAAGUUGGCUGCCCCCUCAAACUGCAGCACGCUUUCACAGGAUUCUGUAUCAAUGCAUCCGACAGAAUUGCACCAGACAACAACAGAGAAUCAAGAAACCUGCCCACUGGACUUGUAUUCUUUCAUGCCUCCCAACAAAAUAUUUACUACAAAGGAAAAUUCGAAGCCCUUUGGUUCCCUAAAACUCAGCAUGUCAUUAUUGCCUUCCAAGAAUGAUGAUUUAAUCAAUAUUCUUGAAAAUGAAGGUAAAGAAAAUCUAACCCUUGAGCUGUUUCCAAGUUGUAGCAAUGACCAGAAAUCCCUUGACGUUACUAUUAAGGAGGAUAAAAUUACUCCAAAUGAAUUUUUCGAGUUUCUUCCUCCAAAAAGUUGAUGGCUUGAGGGUUUGAUUAGGAGGUAGUUGGUAGUCUAGAAGAAGAAAUAUGUGGUUUUUCUCUUUUCAUUAAUCAUUAUGUAUAUGUAUCUAUCAA